UCCAGCUUCACCCUCCGGCCCCCGCCUCUCCCACCGCCCACAGGCCGAGUGACGGACGUGGCAACUGGGCAUUUAUAGCGGGACUGAGCGGGGCCGGGGAACCUGCGCUGCGGCGGUGGAGAGGCAGCGAGUGAGAGCGGGCGCUGGUCCCCGCCGCACGAUGUUCACCUUGGUCCUGCUGCUCGGGGGACUCUUGCAAGCGACGGCCGCUUACAGACUCGACUUUGAGAAGCCGCAGGGACUGGCCCGGGGCAGAGUGGAGGUGAAAGCUUUCGUUCAGGAAGACUUGCCGCUUUAUCACAACCUGGUGUUGAAGUACGUCCCGGGAGCAAAGCCCGAGCUCCUUCUGCUGAACUACAACCUUGAAGAACUCGAUCGAGUUAACCUUAUGCCUUUGACCAGGAAGGAAAUCAACGAGUUGCUGCUGAAACUGGGGUUCUACAAGAAGCAGAGUCCCGAUGCCCCAGUGCCACCUGAGUUUUACUACGCGCCACUAUCGGGCAAGCCCACUGCCCACACUGCGGCCAAACCCCUUCCUGAAGAUGUGACCGAGAAACAGGAAGAUUCUGACGAUUCUGACGAGUUGAAGGAAGAUCUAUAGACAAAUGUUGAAAUGUUAUUGCUUUGCCUCCUAAACAGAGGGCAGGUACAAGUGGAUUGUAAACCUAAUGGCUCCUGCUUUGUUUUAUGGCUUCAGUUUCCUUAUGAUCCCAUUUUCCAUCCAUCUAUCUGCAAUCAACACCUUAUUUAUUUUUAACUCCCUGUAAAUCUGAUGGGUCCACUUGUGACAAAAAAAAUAGACAGGGUUUUUGUGUGGUUGAGUCUUGAGGCAAAUUGAAUGAAGUCUUCAAUUAACCUUUGGGUGGCGCUGUGGUGCAACGGUAGAGUUACUGCCUUAUGGUGCCAGAGACCUGGGUUCGAUCCUGACUACGGGUGCUCUCUGUACAGAGUUUGUACGUUCUCCCUGUGACCACGUGGGUUUUCUCCAGGUGCUCUGGUUUCCACCCACACUCCAAAGACGUACAGGUUUGUUGGUUAAUUAGCUUCAGUAAGUUGUUGUAAAAUUGUCCCUAAUGACAAUUGCUUUCAAGAGAGAGCUAGAUAGGGCUCUUAAAAAUAGCGGAGUCAGGGGAUAUGGGGAGAAGACAGGAACGGGGUACUGAUUGGGGAUGAUCAGCCAUGAUCACAUUGAAUGGCGGUGCUGGCUCGAAGGGCCAAAUGGCCUACUCCUGCACCUAUUGUCUAUUAUUGUGUGUGUGUAGGUUAAUAUACAAGGUGAUCGCUGGCCAGCACGGUCUCAGUGGGCCGAAGGGCCUGCUUCCGCGCUGUAUCUCUACAUUCCAGUGUGAACGGGUGAUCGCUGGUCGGCAUGGAGCCGAAGGGCCUGUUUCCACGUUGUGUUUCUCAACUAAAACAAAAACUAACGGGCAUGUGGCAUAUUUUAAAUCUUGGUCUGCAAACCUCCAGGUGCGGAUGGUGCUUUGAGUCAGUUGACGUUCACAGAAUGAUCACAAGCAGCAGAACAACCGAUUAGUUAUUGCAAAGAGUGAUCCUUGGACUAGACCCACGAUCUGUGGUUUACAAUCUAAAUACCUCACAAUGCCUCAGUCUGCUGGCUAAAUGUACAAACCCUCAAGCCUUGUACACUAGCGAGGUGCCAGCUUCUGCCAGAUGUGCACAGAGUCAGUCAGCAAUAUGUUCAUUAGACGUAGGAGCAGAAUUAGGCCAAUCGGCCCAUUGAGUCUUCUCUGUCAUCCAAUCAUGGCUGAUCUAUUUUCCCUUCUCAACCCCACUCCUCUGCCUUCUCCCUGUAACCUUUGACAGUCUUACUAAUCGAGAAUCUAGCAAUUUCCGCUUUGAAAAAUGCCCAACGACUUGGCCUCCACCGGGUCAGCACGGUGGCGCAGCUGUAGAGUUGCUGCCUUACAGUGCCAGAGUCCUGGGUUCGAUCCUGAGUACGGGUGCUUGUCUGUACGGAGUUUGCACGUUCUCUCCGUGACCUGCGUGGGUUUUCUCCGGGUGCUCCAGUUUUUUCCUCCCAUACUCCAAAGACGUUUUGGUCUGUAAGUUAACCAGCUUGGUAUAAUUGUAAAUUGUCCUUAGUGUGUGCGGGGAUCGCUGGUCGGCGCGGACUCGGUGAUACAGUGUUUCCACAUCUCUAAACUAAACCAAACACCGCCAUCUGUGGCACUGAAUUCCAGAUUCAUCGCCCUCUGGCUAUUGAAAGUUCUCGCUAUCUCCAUUCUAAAUGUACAUCAGUAACCUUGUUAAUAUGUGUAAUUAAUUGUUGCUGAGAUGUUAUCAAGGAUAAUGUAUAAACCAUGGAGUCAACUGGCCCCUGGUUCUGCAAAUGAGAUUCCCCUCUACGAUAUCUAGCAGCAAAAGCAGAAUAUGUCUGAAAUACUCACGAUGUCAGGUCAGGUCAACAGUGCAGGGAGAGAAAUUUAAUUAUAUUUCAGUUCAACAAUCUUUUAAAUGACCUGCUGAGUAUUUCAAGCGUUUUCUGUUGAUUUCGGAUUUCAAGCAGGCGUGGUAUUUUGCUUUUUGAUCCUUGUCAAUUUUUAUUUCGUACUCUGCAAUACUUUGAAGUUCCAGAAAUGUUGCAUUUUAUUCCACAAUCCACUCUGCACCUGCCCCGUGUAAGUCACAACCGCCAGGUAUCUCAGGCUGGGUGUGUGCUGUUUGUGUGUGAGUGCCUCCAGUCCUCCAGAGAAAUGAAUGAAGUUCUCGGCUGAAAAGGCAACCAUGCUGAGAACGGAGGUGAAGUGUUCCUGGGGACUAAAGGCAUCCUGUACAACGGCCGCAUCCCUCCAUGGGUACUGUCUCUGCCUGGUUUACAAUAAAAUUCAAUGAUUCCCAACACAAA